AUUAGUGCGUUUACAUGGCAACGAUUAUCGUGCCAAAACCGUAUUUUGAGCGAAUCGUGUUCAUGUAAACACUUUGGUUCGGUGGCCGAUCAUGACUCAGCGUGUUUGCAUCGUGAUAUUCCAGCACGAUUGCACAGGGUAGAUUUGCAAACACGAUGCUUUCUUCACACGCGCGAACGGGGGCGCGCUGACGGGUUUACUUCAGCGAUUUCUAGGUCGCUUGCUCUGCGCUUCUGUGGACCUAAUGCAGUACCGGUACCGUACCGGUAAUGCUUGCAGCGCGACAGCGUUGCAAUUGCAAGCGAGUUUGAGCUUUUUGAAGUAAUCAGUAACGCUAGAUAGAAUUCUUUACUUGCGAAAAAUAUGUUAAACUUCUUUCUGAACCAACAACGGCCUGUCCUGCACAAUGCAAUACCGGUACGGUGCCGUAACUGGAUACCGGUAUAAAAUAUUAAGUAAAGUGGCGGAAUUCUAGUGCCAUAAAUGGCUGAAACGUAUGUAAGGGUUCAAGUUCCGUGGAUUAUGAAAUUUAGCAAAAGAUACAGUCAGACAGUAGGAUGUUUUAUCUGUAAAAUCAAGUAGCCUAAGCAGAACUGAUACGAGUCAGGGAAUAGUACGAGACAAGAAUAGGGCUAUGGGCAGCCAGGGCAGGGAUGUGUGGAGCUUUUCAACCACAGCUAGCAAAGCGAACGAUGUACGUGCCCUACGUUCUAAUUUGGAAUGUAGGGCAUGUUAGUCUAUAUAUAUAUAUAUAUACUGAUAUAUUCAUAGGCUACAUCAAAAAUACAGUACCGGUAUCUGACCGGUACUGUUCUUGAUUUUGAAAAUUUACCAACUGUAAUUUAUUGACAUAAUAAAUUCCAUUCAUAGCAAACCAUUAUUUGGUUUACUGAUUUAUAUUUAUCGCAGAAAAGUAGUAGUGCAGUUUAUGUUCAUGAGUGAGAUGGAGUCUAUGUCAAAUCUGAAAGUUAAGUGGGAAGACAACGAGGUUAAAACAAUGCUUGGCAUUGUUCGAGAAAUGAAUCUGGUUGCUCUGCUUGACCAAGAGGAGUCUAGAUCAGAAGUUUUGUACAAAGAAGUUGAGAAACAGUUGACAGCGAAGGGAUACAAGAAAAGUUUCCAACAAAUACAUUAUAAAGUGAAGGCCUUAUGGUCUACUUUCAACAAGAUAGUACGUCUGCAUUCUGUUGGUGGGGCGGCUCACAUAACAUGUGAUUAUUAUGAUGAGCUUGAUGAAAUCUUCGGCCACCACCCAGAUGUUGAUUAUACAAAUAUGGGAGUGGAUACUGGAAUCACAAACGCUGUAUCACUAGAUGUUAAAGGAGAUGCAGCUUCAACUACAGAGACAUCUUUUGAUACUUCAUCCAAUCAUGAAGAGAAUCCAGAAUCUGGAAAAAGACCUUCAGUUGACUUUAAAAUACUUUUCGAGAAACAAAGGGAGUGGGAAGAAAAAAUGAUGCACGAGCAAAUGGAAGCCCAUGCGCAAUUGAUGAGAGAGACUGUGCAACAAAUGGGGACGAUACUCUUUGCAUGUGUGUCUCAGCUUUCAAAAAAACGAGGUAAAAGCUUAUGUUUCGCUUAGGCGUAUAUAUAAGGAAAUUCCCUUAAAAAAAUUUACUCCCUCGACUGUAACCAACUGCUUUGUAAAAAAUCCGGAAGUAAUAUGUUUAAAAUACACCCCGCUCCUACUGCCACACGUAAUCUGGAGAUCUAAUUGUAAACUUUGUUUUAAGGGUCUGAGGAGUAAAUAUGGAUGAUUGUGUGACAACAAGGUUACCCGAUUGUAAAAAGCAGUUCGAGUUGAAGCAUCAAAAAUUCGUUUAUCAUCUGCAUGAGAAACUGAAACGAUUAGCUCUGUGGAUCCAAUGUUGUUGUUUUAUUACAUAUAUUGCAUUGCACAGUAAUAAAAUGAAAACCAUUGUG